UUCAUGUACUGAGAAUGAGCCAACGUACCAAGAUGAAAUCCAUUGCAAAUUCCUGAAGGUAAUCUUAAAAAAAUAAAUAAAAAAUUCGAACGUUAUCAACGAAGCUGUUUUAAAACUGCGUUUCUAUAACAAAGAUGAAUUCGGCGCACAUAGAGACAACAAUUGUCUGUUUGGCAUGUCUCUCCUUACUGUUCGCCGUCGUGUAUGGAGAACAAAGGUUUGUUCAGGAGCCGGAGAACAUGACGGCCAAGCAUGGGGACAGCGUGACGUUGCCUUGCAAAGUAGCAGAGAGGAAAGGUACUGUACAGUGGACCAAAGAUGGCUUCGGGCUAGGUACUGACGAGGAUCUCCAGGGCUUUACCCGAUACAGGAUGGAGGUCGACGACAAUCAGGGUGUGUACAACCUUCACAUCCAGCCCGUGUUGGUGGAGGACGACGCAGUCUACCAGUGCCAGGUAGGCGGCGCCGAAGGAGAGAAGCACCUUAAGUCCGCCAGUGCUAAACUCACUGUACACUUCCCUCCCGUGGAUUCAGAUGAUCAGGUGUACCUGGACAAGCUGUCACCCAUGGACACGACAGCUGGCUCACCUGUCCGCAUCACCUGCGAGGCUGGACUCAGCACACCUGCCGCUACGAUCAAGUGGCUGCUGAAUGGAGCAGAGACCAUCCCGGGGAGCAAGGUGAACACGACCAAGCAGAAGCAACAGGAUAGCAUCCUAGUGGCCGUCAAGAGCCGUCUGGACUUGACACCCGAGAUGAAUCACCAUGAGGCCAAUAUCACCUGUCAGGUCUCCCACACGGCUCUUGACACACCCAUCGUCAGGAACAUUGUCAUGACUGUCAAAUACCCACCAAAGGUCAAGAUCUCUGUCGACUCGGCUAAGAUUAAAAUGAAUGAUGAUGUGCUGUUCACAUGCGAGGCAGAGGGCAACCCACCUGAGCUAAGGUACAGAUGGGAGGUGAACAACAUUGGUGUAGUGGGCGACCACACCACCCACUACCUCAUCAAGAGAAUUCAGCAGGACAAAAAUGGGGCGCGCAUUGCCUGCCUCGUCUCCAACUCUAUAGGCACCACUAAGGCUGAGCACACCAUUAGUGUUGAAUAUGCUCCCACAUUCCAGAAGGAUCCAGUAGAUGUGGAUGAGGAUGAGGGAAAAUCUGUCACUCUUACUUGUAAUGUUGAUGGGAAUCCUCCUCCCGAGAUUGUCUGGCUAUACGAGGCUGAGAAGAAGGUCAUUAAACUUGGAGCCAAGCUGACACUAACCGUGAGUCCAGAAACAGUGGGCACUUAUCACUGUCGAGCGGCUGUCACUGGCUUUCCAGAGGAGUCAAGGUCUAUGAGAGUGUUCAUGCGAGGUGCCCCUCAAGUGACACCCACUGAGGAGCAGUUUGGUCUGGAGGGUGACACUGUGCAGGUUGAGUGUGACAUUCAGUCCAUCCCAAGGCCCAGCGAGGUAGUCUGGUUUAAAAGCAGGCACAAGAUUGAUCCUAAUGAGUCGAGGUAUAAUAUUCUGCAGGAGACAACACCAGGUGGUGUGAAAAACACCCUGGUAAUCCACGAUGCCCAGCCGGAGGACUUCGGCUUCUACAAUUGCACCGCUAAGAAUGGCUACGGAUCGCACACUUCCGAAAUACACCUCAAAAGACAACAGAGUCUGCCUCUUGUGACGACUUUGGUAGCCAUCAUUGGCGGCAUCGUCUUCCUCAUUGUAGUUGUGGUUGUCAUUGCCCUUUUCAAGAAGAAGGGCAAGAGCUACAAAGACCCCGGCCUGGAGAAACACAGCAUGCGUUCCAGCGACAGGUCAUCAACUCACGACUCUGUGCUCAAGGUUGAAACCCGAACAGCAACAGGGAGUGACCUCUCUCCUUCUGAAGAUGAUGACUACAGCUCCCAUGAUGACUGGGAUGCCUCCGAUACAGCCAUUCCCAAUAGCAGGCAACUUCAAGACCAUUUAAGAUACUCGGCUGGGGACUUCAAUGAUCCAAUGUUUCCAUUAAAGCAGGAGAGCCCAAACAACAACAGUGGUGGAUAUGUACAGUAUGUGGAUUACUCACGGGACUACAACCCUCCACCUCCUCCACCCAUUAACUACAACCGCAACUCUAUCUAUUCCACUGGGCCCCCGCUGAACAAUGUGGACCCCCGAUACUCUGCCGUCUAUGGCAAUCCCUAUCUGAGAGCCCCACCCAGUGCCAGAGGUCCCCAGAAUAUGUAUGGGAGUGCCGGAGGCAUCGAGUACAGCACCUUACAACCUGGGGGAGGCACUGCCCAUGUUGGUGACCCGGGGAUUGCUCCUCAGAACAUUUAUGCUGGAGGAGCACCACAAAAUCUUAACAACAACAACAACCUUAACAACAUGACAGCCAACAACAGUAGUGCCACGUAUGGGCAUGUUGGCCAGGGCCGCAAUAACCUGAGGUCUAGUACCAACAUGAACAACCAGUACAUUAUGGUGCCACAAGCUGACUCAAGACAUGUCCAUGGCACACAUAUCUGAGACAUCAAUUUAAAUUCUUUAAUUUGGGAGAGUUUUAUAUUUUUCUCCAGAUAGAAUUCAGGCAGUACUGAAAAGACAGGCACAGAGAACCUUAAAUUCUGAGUCUGUGGUAACUGCUAUGAUUUAUCUCCGAAGAGCAGUUUUCAAAAAGCACUUCAAUGGAUUGCCAUAUUCAGUAACUCGAUGGUGGAAUCUAUAGUGUGAUCCAUUAAGCUGUUUUAGAAGGACCUUAGAGAAAGUAAAUUAUAUAAAUAUAGUACUUACUUGCCCUUCAAUGUGUAAACAGAAUUGCUCAAAUAAAACUGGCUAGCCACUGAGCUAUCAAGCAUUGUUCUUGAGUUAGAUAAUUCGAGGCAAAAGCUGCUGGUGCCUCACUCACCAAAGUCUGUGUGAACCAAAGAUAUUAUGCGUGUGUGUGUGUGUGUAUAUGUGAGUGUGUAUGUGUAGGUGUGUAGCAGUCCACUUUACUGUUACAGAGCUGGUGUUUAAUAUGCCAUACAAUAAGAAUUGAGUGGGAUUCUUUAUGUUCUUCAGAAUCAUGACACAGGAAGACCUCCCUGGCACUUAUGGUUCCUAGUAAUACUGUACUCGUAAUAACUUGUUUAGAUGCCACUUACAAAAAAUUACUGGAAGUGACACUGUUACCUAAAGAAUAUUACUGCUAAGGGGCAUUAGUCAAAUCUCUCAAUUCAAUCAAAUAUUUUAUAUGUGUACUGAAUUCUCUUUGGUUAUGUUUGACAGUUACAAGCUUUUUGAGAUUUGAGUUUUCAAGCUGUUUAACAGCAAAACACAUUAUGCACUGGGACAGUCAUUCCUGAAAAAAUGAGCAUAUAUAUAUACUUGCCAAUUAUAUUUUUAGGCUUUUUGAUGCUAAUUAAGGAUUUUUACAUUAUGUCUGAAUGGUCACUCAUGCUGGCAUGUGGAUUUUUGCCUUCUUAUUUCAUUAACAAAAUCACCCAGUUUCUGUUAUAUGAUUUUGUGAAUUUAUAAAAUUUAUUAAUAUUAGACGAAGCAAACUGAAGAUUUUCUACUAAAAUGAAUGAAAAACAGACAUUGAAAAGUAAAGCAAAUGUCUUAUAUAUACUAAGAAUAUUGUUAAUAACAAAAUAUGGCAAUUUUGGAACGGCAGAUAUUACAAAACAUUCUACGUUGGUUCAGAGAAUAAAAUCUCUUGCAGUAAAAUAAAACUUUUGUAUAUAUAGUAUUUCAUAAAAUAUUUAUGAGUGAUUCCACCAUUAAUAGUGAGUCUGGAUACACACAAAUGGCUCCAGGUUGUAUAUAAUUAAAAAAUAAUAAUUUUUCCAAUGUAAUUAACUUCUUCCCAUUCUCAUAUCCAUUUCCAAGGCUUAUACAUUAUUUAAGAUAGUGUACAGUGAUGAUAAUUCCUUUGACGAUUACAUUACUGAUAAUAUAUUGUGAUGAUAAAUACAUUAUUGAUAUUUAUAAUAGGGCUUUUGUAUAUUUUUUCUUUAUAUAUAUAUAUAUAUAUAUGUGUCUGUAUUUUUGUCUUUCCUGCACUGUGGUCUCGCGUCUGUACAUUGUGGAUUAAGGAAACAUAAUGAAUGAUAUUUUGCUCUGGAAUGCAUGCAAGCCGAUACUCAUAAGUUAUAAAAUGUAUCAUGGACUAGUCAUUAUGAAAUACUGUAUAAAUGUUAUUUUAAAAUCUACAAUUUAUAUUGUAUUUUCUAAGUGAACAAUAAUUCAAAAAAUUAAUAUUUCAAAUAAUGAAUAUAAAAUUAAUAUUUUCAAUAAAAUGAAAAAAUGAAUAUGGGCAUUCUGGCGAGACUGACGAUAAUUUUGUUUGUACCAUUUUUUAUUGAACCAUUGUAAACAAUAAAAAAGUUUUUCUCAUGAUCUUUAGUAAAGUUGUAAAUAAACAAUUGUAAAGAAGAUUUUUCCUCUUGCUUCACUAAUGUUCCAGUGAGGCCAGUAUAUAUAGUCUUGUUACAUGUUUUAUGUGUCUCAUUACAUUUUGUAAAUAAAGUGUAAAAGUUA